UCUCCCGAAGAGGGCGGCGGACCCACUCACAGAUUUCUAUCAGAUAGAACACUCACUCCGAGGCGCAACUCGCGACGUACGAGCCGCCUGGUCUGUCUGCUAAUGAGUUGAGUAAGGAUUCCUCUUCUACCUGCUGUUAUAACGCAAAAAUUGACUUCCGGCGAUGGAUUACCUGCGGCUGUAUCUUGUUAUCGCCGUAACGGCUGGGUUUGUCAGUGGUAUCAAAGCCACUCUCAUCUCCGACCUGUCCGAAGCUCAAUCGUUCCUAAACGACUACAACACUAUGAUGGAGGUGGUCUACUCGAAGUCCAUAAAAGCAGCCUGGGCCUUUUACACCAACAUCACUGACCACAAUCGGGAGGUCAUGGUUGCGGAGGAUCUGUAUAGUGACCAAGUGGCCCAACAAGCGGCCAGAAACGCCUCCCAAUAUAAUCUGACUAUCAUGGACCAAACGAUGAGAAGGGAGUUCAUCAAAAUCAUGGACAUUGGGUCUGCGGCCCAGACAGACCCCGUGAAGCAGACACGGACCUGACUCGCCUCUUUGCCACGUCACGUGAUCACGACGUUCUGUUGGCAGCGUGGCAGGGAUGGCGUGACGCUUCUGGAGCCAAAAUGAAGGAGCUGUAUACUGAGUUUGUUACUCUCAGUAAUGAAGCACUGGCGAUCCUAGGCAACAUGUGGGCUCAGGAAUGGCUGAAUCUCGUUGACGAUUUUAUGCCCUUUAAAGGAAAACCUUCUAUGGACGUCACAAAAGAGAUGGUUAAUCAGGGCUACACACCGCUCAGAAUAUUUCAACUCGCUGACGAUUUUUUCGGCUCUCUAGGCAUGAUCAGAAUGCCCCCAGAGUUUUGGAAUGGUUCCAUGUUAGAAAAGCCCACAGACGGCAGGGAGGUUGUUUGCCAUGCUUCGGCCUGGGAUUUCUACAACAGAAAAGAUUUUAGGGUUCAACAGUGUACUGACAUUACCCAAAGUGAUUUGGAGACGGUCCACCAUGAAAUGGGGCACGUGGAGUACUUCCUCCAAUACAAACAUCUUCCCUUACAGCUUCGGGGAGGAGCAAACCCUGGAUUUCACGAGGCUGUUGGUGAUGUGAUCUCCCUCUCUGUACAAACGCCAGAACACAUGAAGUCCAUCGGACUCCUCAGCACUAUUGGUAACGAUACAGAAAGUGACAUCAACUUCCUUAUGAGUAUGGCCCUUCAGAAAAUUGCCUUUCUUCCUUUCGGUUAUUUAAUUGACCAAUGGCGUUGGAGUGUGUUUCGGGGAGACACGAGUCCGGAGGAGUACAACGACCACUGGUGGGACCUCAGAUGCCGCUACCAAGGCGUUUCCCCACCGGUUGAGAGGAGUUCCUCUGAUUUCGAUCCAGGGGCAAAGUACCAUAUUCCAGCAAACACUCCGUACAUAAGGUACUUUGUGAGCUUUGUGAUUCAGUUCCAGUUCCACAAGGCUCUGUGUAACGCCUCGGGCUACACCGGUCCUCUCCAUCGCUGCGACGUCUACAACAACACGGAGGCCGGCAAGGUACUCGGGGACAUGCUGAAACUUGGUUCUUCCAAGCCCUGGACCUUCGCAAUGCAGCAAAUGACUGGCCAGGCUACUAUGGAUGCGCAACCACUGAUGGAAUACUUUGAACCGCUUCUCGAAUUCCUACGCCGUGAAAACGGCAACGACUACGGAUGGCACCCACACUGCCCGACGUUCAAACGGAGUGUCGGCGAUAAUUCUGCUUUCAGCGUAUUGCCCUCGACAAUUUCCAUCGUGGCCACAAUAAUAGCGAUGUUGUACAUGAACACGCUUAGGUAAAAAGAAAAUUAAUUAAAUCAAAUCAAAUAAACCAGGAGAGAAGAACAAAAACUAACAACAACGGCUGAUGUUACUAAUAUGGCCGACUUUUUUUUUUUUUAAAGAAAAAAGACU